UGUUCUUUUGGUUCCGUCUCUCAGCUUGAACCUGAAGCAGAGGACAAAGUCGCGAACAUGGAGAACGGUGAAAUUCCCGAAAACGCUAACGAGCAUUGCCCUGGUACCCAAUCAGAUUCUGCUGGAAAAUCUGACGCUUGCGAAGGAUGCCCUAAUCAAGAAGUUUGUGCUACUGCUCCUAAAGGCCCUGACCCAGACUUGGUUGCAAUCACUGAAAGAAUGGCUACUGUUAAGCAUAAGAUACUGGUUUUAUCGGGUAAAGGUGGAGUUGGCAAGAGUACAUUCUCUGCCCAACUGUCGUUUGCUCUGGCAGCUAUGGACUUCCAAGUGGGUCUCCUUGACAUUGACAUUUGUGGCCCGAGCAUCCCAAAGAUGCUUGGCCUAGAAGGUCAAGAUGUCCACCAGAGCAACCUUGGCUGGUCUCCUGUUUACGUUGAGUCCAACCUUGGGGUCAUGUCCAUUGGAUUCAUGCUUCCUAACCCUGAUGAAGCUGUCAUAUGGAGGGGUCCACGCAAAAAUGGGCUCAUCAAGCAAUUCCUGAAGGAUGUAUACUGGGGAGAACUUGAUUUUUUGAUUGUUGAUGCUCCUCCUGGGACCUCAGAUGAGCACAUCUCAAUUGUCCAACUGCUCGAGGCUACUGGAAUAGAUGGUGCAAUUAUAGUCACUACUCCACAAGAAGUCUCCUUGAUUGAUGUGCGGAAAGAAGUGAGUUUCUGCAAGAAAGUUGGAGUCCAGGUUCUUGGGGUUGUUGAGAACAUGAGUGGCUUGUGCCAGCCAGUGAUGGAUUUCAAGUUUACAAAGAUGACAGAGACAGGUGAACAGAGAGACGUUACAGAGUGGUUCAAGGAGUAUGUGAGAGAAAACGCACCAGAGAUUCAAAAUUUGUUUGCUUGUAGUGAAGUCUUUGACAGUAGUGGUGGUGGUGCAGAAAGAAUGUCGAGGGAAAUGGGUGUACCUUUUCUUGGGAAAGUACCUUUGGAUCCACAGCUUUGCAAGGCAGCUGAAGAAGGUAGAUCCUGCUUCAUUGAUAAAAAAUGUGGGGCAAGCGCUCCUGCACUGAAGAUGAUCAUAGAAAAAUUGAUUGAAAAUCAGGGGUUCUCAAGAAUGUUGGUUGCUGAUGGCGCGUAGGUGGUUGGCAUCAGCUUGCGGUCCUUGUGGAUUAAAAUUUUGUUUGUCUUUUCUUCUGUUCCCCUUUCUAUCUAUAGUAGCUUGAAUCUCAUUUGUAUUUUUUUAGCUUGAUAUGUGUGAACUGAUUUGUUUAGAACAUGACUAUUUUUUUAAUGUAAUGAAAACCUGUGGUAUUUGUUUUUU